ACUUUAAUAUUGUAUUGCAGUAGUGUAAUGAAUGUAGAAUAGACUUUUUCGAGUAAAACCAUUCAAUGUUUUGAAUAACAAAAACGUGUCAGUUUCUGCACUCACAGCAGACAGCAGAAAUGCAGUUUAUGAACCGUUCAUGCGCAGAUAUGAGAUCAGCUAAAGUUCAUCAGUGCAGUGUGUGCAUGCUUGAAUAUAUGGUUUAUGAGGACACAGUGUGUGUAAUGUGUAGUGCAAAAUAUGUACAAUGGCAUUUGUAUGACAAAUGGCUUUACACAAAAACUACACUGAACUGUGUUUGCCAGUAAUUCUUUGUGAGGGUUAGGGAUGAGGUUAGGGGAUAGAAAAAAAAAAAAAACAAUUCGUACAUUAUAAAAACCAUUACCAAUGGAGAGUCCAUGUAAACCACAACUACAAGUGUUGAUGAUGGCAGUGGACUGGGCUGGAUAUGGAUACGCAGCACUAGUAGCAUCUGGAGGAGUCAUAGGAUAUGUCAAAGCAGGCAGUAUCCCGUCUUUGGCAGCAGGGCUGCUCUUUGGUGGCUUGGCUGGCUUUGGUGCUUACCAGACAUCACAAGAUCCCCAAAAUAUUUGGGUGUCUUUAGCUGCAUCUGGGACACUUGCUGGUAUCAUGGGAAAGAGAUUCUAUAACUCGCGCAAAAUCGUUCCAUCUGGUCUCAUCGCUGGAGCGAGUAUCCUGAUGCUGGCAAAACUCGGAGCUGGAAUGCUACAGAAACCUCAGCAAUCAUAAUACCUUUUAUUUCAGUCUGCUUUCAUUCAAAUAUAAUUUUCUUUGAACAAUAUGUCAUUAUAGCUCAUUGCCAUAUUUGUAUAAAAUGUACAAUGAAAAUGUAGUUGUUGGGUGAAUUUAUGAAUUAAAGACUUCUGUUAAAAACA